UAGAACCCAUAACUUAGGAAAAAACUGAAACCAGCACCUACCUUACUUUUUGCCAAGGUCCUAAUAACCUUCCAAAAACAUCUUCUGAGACCCACCUUUUAAGAUUAAGCCGAUAUCAUGGGUAUGUGGAAACAUAGGGUAAACACCCCCUCCAAACUAGAAAACUUUAUACAGGAAUUUGAGAUCCCAGCCGACGUCCAUUUGAGGUUGGCUGGGGAUGAUGACUCCAUCAUGCCCACUGCCGACUCCAUGCCUUUCCCCGUAGUCGCCUUUAUAGAGUGUGGACUUCAGCUUCCAUUAAACAUUAUGUUUCAUAAGGUUCUCCAUUACUAUAAGUUGAACCCCAUGCAACUGGCAAUCAAUUCCUAUCGAGUGAUCUUUGGUAUUAUAGCCCUAGCUAAAUGGGAAAACGCUAGGAUCACCCUUGCCGACAUCCAAUAUCGCUAUACCAUGUGUGGCCUUAACUUGAAAGAAAAAGGCUACAUUUAUUACCUUAAGCCGAGGUUCACAAAAUUCAAAAUUGUAACCGACCUCCCAGACUCCAACAAAGGGGCUGGAGAUGAUUAUUUCAUUAUCUUAGGAAAUUGGGAGUUUGCCCCAGAUGAAGACCUCCACCUCUUUCCUCUCCCACGAUCAGUCUUUAUAGAGGGUAAUGGUAAGACCCCUGCAUUCAUACUUGUUUUACUUUUAAAGUCUUCUAUAUUUUAUAUGUUUCCUAAUGUCUACUUUGCCUUUACUUUUGCAGUUCUUCCUCAGCCGCCAAAAAACUUUCGCCAAUCCUUUGUUCCCAGCAAGGAUUUAAAGAAAUUACUGGACCUUCCAGUUCAGAAGCGAAAGGCACCUUUGCUUCUCAACUUCAUCCCAACAUACAAAUCAGCUCUCCCCGACGUCCCCAGGAAAAAGAAGAAGAAGAGCUUAUCUCCUCCCUCUGCUACAACUCUUCCAGCUGCAUCAAUAUCGCGAACAGACCAAGGUUCGACCUUUGAUCCGGCAGAACAGCCGUUGACCUCGGCUUCAUACCUCAUUCCACCAUCCCAAAGAAAGCGUCGCCGACAUCUUGUUCUAACAACCGAGAUGGGUCGCGCAAAGCCAGUUGCUAAAGACCUCCUAGCCAACAUUCCAUCAUCCAUUGAUGAACAACUAACACAAACCCAACCUCCAGAAAAACCAAAAAGAAUUAAGAAAGCUUAACCGAAGGCGAAAGUGACUCGGGUUGAGAUUGAGGACACUUUGCCAGCCCCAAAACUGGCUCCAAGUCAAAAAACUGCCUCUGUCCCUUCGAAGAGGUCUGCCGAAGUACCUCUUUCCAAAUCCUCUAAAUCAAAAAGGCCGAGGUCAUCUGCAACGACUUCGGGGUCAAAGAAACCAAAUGCCCCCUGGGCCCCCGAAAUCACCCUAGAGGAUAAGCCCAUAAUGGCAAGUGACAGCGCCGACGAUAUCAAUGUCUGCGUUGCGUUCAGUACCGCUCUACUUCUCCCAGGUGACCUGGAGCGGAACGCCCAGUAUAGCGAGUAUGAGAACUAUGCCUUAAUGUUACAGCACUCUGUUCAGCCAUCCAGCAUGCCCACUCUUUCUCAAUACAGUCUUUUGAGAACAAGGAGCGGCUUGCCGAGAUGAAAACGGAGGUCUCCAGCCUCCAAAAGACCAACAAAGGCCUUUAGUCAAAAAUGAAGAAAUUGGAAGACCAAGCUAAGGAAGCCAUCAAGGCUCAGACCGAAGCCGAAGAAAAAGCUAAGGCUGCUGAGGCCAUUAGGAAGGUGGCUGAAUCGCAAAGGAGAGAGGCCGAGGAAAAAAUGGCCCAAGCUGAAAAAGAGCUUCAGGAGGCCCUGGCCACCAAAGAAGCUGAAAUCAAAGACGCUGACGAAAAGACGUACU